AUGUCCCUUCCAACGACGUACAACGUGAGGAACAAUAAGGCUGCUCUAGUGGGCAACUGGGUCGAGGAAGACGCUCUCCGUGACAAGACCGGUCACGCCCAUCGAAAGGAGUCUCGGAUCGAGCCGACAUACGAGCGUGUCCUCCUGCAUGACACACCUGCCAAGAUCACUUGCAACAGUCACGCCAGCGAGUUCACGCCACCUCCGUUCGAAACUACACUCCAAGCGAGCCACCGGUACGCCGACUACGCGGCGGAUAAGCCUGGACCUGGACCUCGAAGCUCUCUUCGUGACCAGUACUUAGCUGAGACUGCCCAGCGUCUUCACAGUGAGCAGCGUGCACGCGAACGAGAGGAGCAACAAGUCGAUUGUCACGAAGCAGCACGCACAACGAUAGCGAAGAGUUCGUACUUACCGGUGGACACGUCGGCGCUGGUCAAGGAGCGGAUUCCUCGAGGACGCAACGGUUCUCUGGCUCGUCAAGUGGACCCAACUAUUCAGCAUUUGACGAAGGCGCAGACUGACAGCAUCGACCAAAUGAAACUGGAUCUAGUACAGGGCACGACUGUCACCAGGUACUCGUACGCAGUGACUACGGGGGUCGGCUUGAACUUUGCCACGACUGUCUCGGACGGGAGAAACGCCUUUGGUCGGUCCAGCACAUUCACAAACGAGCUCAACGACCCGACCAAGCGCCACGGAGAAGCUACCGAGCCUGGUGCCAUUCACGACGAAAGAAUUGGCGCCAGUGUGCACCAACGCUCAGCGUUGAGGAGACUGCUGACUCUGCUGAAGGCAGAUCCCGAUACUGCUCGACGUCUUCUCGACACGCUUAGACACGGAUCGGAGGCCAGAGCUGACCAGCCACAACAGGAGGAAGAGCGCGAAUACAUCGAACUGCACGACUUCCGCACGGCGUUCGUAGCCACAGGAGCUGCUCUCCAUGUCAACAGCACCGUUCGCGGGCUGCCGACCAUCUUGACCGACAAAGAAGUGAUCCACAUCUUCAUGUACUUCGACGUGGACAACAUUGGCGCAAUUGAGCUUCGAUCCUUCGAAGAGUUCUGCGGUGACAAGUUCCCCUUCCAACCGACUGCUAAAUGCAACUAG